AUGGGCGUCCCCCCUCCACAUGGUGAAGAAGGCAGACGAUCGCCGGAGGAGCACCUGAACCAUGUCCGGGCCGUCCUCAAGCUACUACAGGAGAACGGACUUGUCGUCCAUUUUGACAAAUGCACCUUCGGCGCCGAGAAGGUGGAUUUCCUUGGCCAUGAAAUUACAGCAGCAGGAGCUCGUCCCACGGUGUCAAAGGUGGCCACAGUGGACAAGUUCCCGACACUGAUGACUGUCAAGACCCUCCAAGAAUUCAUUGGGAUGGACCCCCACGUGCCCCUGACGCUCACUGCCGAUACCAGUAACAUUGUGUGCGGCACCGUCCUGGAACAGCUGGUCAACAGAGUCCCUACACUGCUAGCCUUUUUCAGCAAGAAGCUCAAACCCGCCGAGACUCGCUACAGCACAUUCGACCGUGAGCUGCUUGCCGUCUACCAGGCCAUCUGCCACUUCAAAAAUCUUCUGGAGGGCGUCCCCUUCACCACAGGACAGACCACCAGCCGCUGGUCCACGCCUUUGUCAAGGCAGGCGACACCUGGUCCACAAGGCAGCAACGAGUUCGGGUGCUCCAUCGACUGCAGGCGAAGAUUCAGACACAUCCACGUUGACAUCGUCGGUCCUCUUCCUCCAUCCAAUGGUGCCAGAUACCUCCUGGCAGUGAUCGACUGGUCUAAGAGGUGGCCCGAGGCCACCCCAAUGUCAGAAGCCACCGCAGACGCCUGUGCCGAAGCCCUUCUGACCAACAGGACCAGCCGCUUCGGAGUGCCUGACAACGUCACAACAGACCGAGGACAGAGCUCUGGUCUUCCCUGGCACGCCUGA